GGGGGGAGUCGCAAGUUGCCUGAUUCUUCGGCGCUAGGAUCCGGAGGAAUAUGCUCCGACUCUCCCUCCCGUUCCCUUGAAUUUUUCUCCCAAGCCUGUUUUAAAGUCUCUGCCAGACCCGGGCUCACAUGCUACUUCCUGGAUGGAGGAAUGGAAAGCUCCCAGCUCUGCUGCAACUCUUCCCUUUCUGUUUUCGCAAGAACCGCUGCAGCCAUCCGCUGCAUGGACUAAAGCCAGCCUUCCUUUUUUUACCUCCCACGAUAAACGAACUGAUUAGGGCUUGAUUACUGUCCCUUGCGUUUUUUUUUUUUUGGGGGGGGCGAUUAUGAAGAAGCUGUCGCAUAAAUGCGAUUUUCUGAAAUAAAAAACUAUUGCUUCAUAUUAUAACUUAACAGACCAUUCGAAACUGAGGCUAGUGAUUGUGUCAACAGCAAGUUAUAUUGGCAGGGGGGCGGCGUUAAAGAUUUUUUUAUUAUUCAAAUAAUUUCUCAAUCUUUCUUUGAAAUUUUAGACGGAUAACUCCCAACAGUUGUCUUUCGUGCUCUCGAUGUGUUUUUUGACAUGCGGAGGCUACUGCGAUCGUGUUGCUGGUGGAUCUUGUCUUUGAUUUUGUCAGCCUUCGUCCUUUUCUGGGCCGACUGUCACCCCGCUCUGACGGAGGGUCAGCCGGCAUCUUCGCCAUGGAGACAGCAGGAAGGCGCCAGUAGGACGAGGCACGGCAGAGCAGCAGUGGAGUCCUACUGGGCUUACUCAGGGACAUAUGGGCCAGACAGUUGGGCCACAGCCAACCCAGAGUGCCGGGAGAAGAACCAGUCGCCCAUCGACAUCAUCGACCAGGAAGCAAAGGUUUCCACGGAGUACCAAGAGCUUACCUUAGAUGGGUUUGAGACAGAGUCUUCAAACAAGACCUCAAUGAAAAACACCGGCAAGACAGUGGCUGUCCUCCUGAAGGACGACUACUUCGUCAUGGGGGCCGGACUGCCCGGGCGCUUCAAAGCUGAGAAGGUCGAGUUCCACUGGGGUCAGAACGGUUCCUCUGGAUCGGAGCACAGCAUCAACGGCAGGAGGUUCCCAGUUGAGAUGCAAAUUUAUAUGUACAACUCGGAUGAUUUUGAAAGCAUCAACAUGGCAAUUAAGGAGCGGCGAACCAUAUCAGCCAUGGCUGUGUUUUUCCAGGUUGGGCUGAAUGAUAACCCGGCUGUGGACCCCAUCAUCCGUGGGCUGAAGGGCGUGGUGCACCAUGAGAAGGAGACCUCGCUGGAGCCCUUCGUCCUGAGGGACCUCCUCCCUUCGUCGCUGGGGAGCUACUACCGCUACACAGGCUCGCUGACCACACCACCCUGCAGCAAGGUCGUGGAAUGGAUCGUCUUCAGUCGGCCCGUCUAUCUGUCCCACCAGCAGCUGGAGGCCUUUUACUCCAUAUUCACCACCGAGCAACAGGACCACGUCAAGUCCGUGGAGUACCUGAGGAAUAACUUCCGCCCCCAGCAGAGCCUCGACAGCAGGGAGGUGUACAAGUCUGCCGUCAAGGAUGCCUGGGCCGACCUGUCGGACAGCAUGGGGUACCCCUACGGCACAGAGUCAUCCAAAGUGUGCAGCAGCCCCCCCAUCAACAUGAAGGUGCAGCCUCUAAACCGGACAGCCCUGCUGGUCAGCUGGACCAGGCCCGAGAUGGUCUACCACCCCCCCAUCCUCAGCUUCAUGGUCUCCUACAGCUGGACCAAGAACGACGAGUCCUACGAGAAAACCUUCAUGAAAGACAGCAGCCAGGACCUGAGGGCCGUCAUCACCCAUGUGUCCCCCGACAUCUUGUACCUGUUCCGAGUGCAGGCCGUGUGCCAGAAGGACAUGCGCAGUGAUUUCAGUCAGACCAUGCUCUUCAGGGCAAACACGACUAGGAUUUUUGAGGGAACAAGAAUUGUGAAAACAGGAAUGCCCACUGCCUCCCCAGCAUCCUCUGCAGAUAUGGCUCCCAUCAGCUCGGGGUCCUCCACCUGGACCUCUUCCGGCCUCCCAUUCUCCUUCGUGUCUAUGGCGACGGGCAUCGGGCCGUCGUCCAGCGGCAGUCAGGCCACGGUGGCAUCAGUGGUGACCAGCACCCUGCUGGCAGGGCUGGGCUUCAGUGGGGGGGUCAUCUCCUCUUUUCCCAGCUCCGUGUGGCCCACGCGAGCCCCACCCCCAGCCCCCGCUCCUACUCGUCAGGUCGCCAAGACCGUCACUCCCGUCGCCGAGUCAGUGGCCACCCAGGCCUCAGAUACUGACAGUACUGCCAAGGACCAUGAGGGCGGUGCCAGUGAGGGCGAGAAAGAUAGCAAGAGCGAGGGAGAAGAAGGACAGAGGGAGGGAGAGGAGGACGAGGAUGACGAGGGAGACAAGGAGACUGUGCGAGACAGGAAGAUAGUGCCCGCAGAGGGCGAGGCGAAGGAGGAGGGCAGUGUAGCCAAAGAGCCCCCAUCAGCCACCCCAGCCUCAACUGCUAAAGAGAAAGGACAGCACAAUGCAAGUGCCACUAGUGACCAGCUACCGAAGAGCGCAGCGCCCCCUAUAGGGCCUUCCUUGAAUGACACCUCAGCAAUCCAGCCGUCCGACGUCACCACGCAUCCCUACAGUGGCCCAGAGAAGAACAAUUGGCCUUUCGUCUUUCACACAGAGAGGAGCACAGUGUCCAACAUGAAGAGCCCAAUCUAUAGUUCCAGCAAGAUGGAGUGGAUAAUCCCCUUGGUUGUGGUGUCAACCCUCACCUUCGUCUGCCUGGUCCUGCUGCUCGCCGUGCUGGUCUACUGGAGGAUGACCAGUCUCUGCUCCCUAUUCUGUCUGAAGUACAGGAGGUGCUUCCAGACGGCUCACUUCUACGUGGAGGACAGCAGCUCCCCCCGCGUGGUCCCCAACGAGAGCUUCCCCAUCAUCCCCAUUCCAGAUGACAUGGAGGCCAUUCUAGUCAAGCAUUUCAUCAAGCACACCACAGAGCUGUACUCAAAUGAUCAGCAUGGAUUCUCUGAAGAUUUUGAGGAGGUGCAGAGAUGCACGGCCGACAUGAAGAUUACGUGGGAGCAUUCCAAUCACCCCGACAACAAGCAUAAGAACAGAUACAUCAACAUCGUAGCGUAUGAUCACAGCAGGGUGAAGUUACGCCCGUUGGCUGGCAAGGACGCCAAACACAGCGACUACAUCAAUGCCAACUUUGUGGAUGGAUAUAACAAGCCCAAGGCCUACAUUGCUGCUCAGGGACCUCUGAAGUCCACCUUUGAAGACUUCUGGAGGAUGGUCUGGGAGCAGAACACAGGGAUUAUCGUUAUGAUCACAAACCUUGUAGAGAAAGGAAGAAGGAAGUGUGACCAGUACUGGCCGACGGAGAACAGCGAGGAGUAUGGGAACAUCGUGGUGACACUGAAGAGUGCCGAGGUGUAUGCCUGCUACACGGUCCGGCGCUUUACGGUGCGCAACACAAAAGUGAAAAAGGGUCAGAAGGGGAACCCAAAGACCCGGCAGAACGAGCGGACUGUGAUCCAGUACCACUACACACAGUGGCCUGACAUGGGCGUGCCGGAAUACACCCUGCCAGUCCUGACCUUUGUGCGGAGGUCCUCCGUUGCCCAGACAGCAGACACGGGACCAGUGAUAGUGCACUGCAGCGCCGGCGUGGGCAGGACGGGGACGUACAUCGUCAUCGACAGCAUGCUGCAGCAGAUAAAGGAUAAAGGCACGGUCAACAUCUUGGGCUUCCUGAAACACAUCCGGACCCAGAGAAAUUAUCUCGUGCAGACAGAGGAGCAGUACAUCUUCAUCCACGAUGCCUUGAUGGAAGCUAUUCUUGGCAAAGAAAGCGAAGUGCUUGCCAGUCAGCUCCACAGCUAUGUCAACAGCAUCCUCACGCCAGGCCCGGGGGGCAGGACGCGUCUGGAGAAGCAGUUUAAGUUGGUGACCCAGUGCAACACCAGAUUUGUUGAAUGCUUCAGUGCCCAGAAGGAGUGUAACAAAGAGAAGAAUCGCAACUCUUCAGUGGUGCCAUCGGAACGAGCCAGAGUUGGCCUGGCACCACUGCCUGGAAUGAAGGGCACUGACUACAUCAAUGCCUCUUACAUAAUGGGUUACUACAGGAGCAAUGAGUUCAUAAUUACCCAGCAUCCCCUUCCUCACACGACUAAGGACUUCUGGAGGAUGAUUUGGGACCACAAUGCACAAAUUAUCGUCAUGUUGCCAGACAACCAGAGCUUGGCUGAGGACGAGUUUGUGUACUGGCCUAGUCGGGAAGAGGCCAUGAAUUGCGAGGCCUUCACCGUCACGCUCAUCAACAAGGACAGGCUGUGCCUCUCCAAUGAGGAGCAGAUCAUCAUCCAUGACUUCAUCUUGGAGGCUACGCAGGAUGACUAUGUCCUGGAGGUUCGUCACUUUCAGUGCCCAAAAUGGCCCAACCCUGACGCUCCUAUCAGUAGUACCUUUGAGCUCAUCAACGUCAUCAAGGAGGAGGCCAUGACCCGAGAUGGACCAACCAUAGUGCAUGACGAGUUUGGAGCUGUCUCGGCGGGCAUGCUCUGCGCGCUCGUCACCUUGUCCCAGCAGCUGGAGAGCGAGAAUGCAGUGGGGGUGUACCAGGUGGCCAAGAUGAUCAACCUCAUGAGGCCUGGAGUGUUCACUGACAUUGAACAAUACCAGUACCUUUAUAAAGCUAUGCUGAGCCUGGUCAGCGCCAAGGAGAACGGAAUGAGCCCCAUGUCCGUGGACAGAAAUGGCAUUAUUGUGAUUACAGACGAAUCGGACCCUGCAGAAAGCAUGGAGUCACUUGUUUGAAGAGGACAUUGGCACGAAGAGGCACUUAAUUUGUAAAACUUCAAGGACUAGACAGACUUUUUUGAGGCCUUUUUUGCCAGAAUCUUGGUUAAAUGGAAAAAGAACCUGAUUACUUUUUUACACUGAUAAAAAGUUUUUGAUAUUUAUUUUUGCCAUUUUAUGUCUUAAUGUUAUCCUACUGAGCGUUUGCACCUGUCUUUAAGUUCACACGACGAAACACAGUUCUCUCUAGUUUGCACUAUAAUGUCAGUGUUACUGCCUACAACCCAGUUGACAUUAUCGGUCACACAUCCAUGCUUUCCCGGUUGUAUGUUUUCGGCCAAUUGGAGUCGAGAAGCUUCGAUCACGCGCCCCCUGCCGCUGAAGGCGCGGAAUGAGGAUGAUGAUGCGGCCAGUCCCCAUGUGCUGUGUUACCGAGUAGCUGUUCGCGGCCGUACGAGAUCAAUUGUAUUCUGUACAGAAAAGUGGUGUAAUGGUUUCCAAAAGAAACAUAGCUCUGAAAACCACGGCGGGAGGGACUACCAUGCCCUGUUUAGUAACGACCUGUGUUGGACUAACGUUUGGCCUAGCAUAACCCUAUACAGCAUGCGAAGGGAAGCGGGUUCUGCUCCGCCAGUGACUGGUCGCGCUGAUCUCGCCCACCUUGGAUUUCAGAGCUUAAUGUCUCCCAUCAAUAGCUUAAUGUGCUUCAGAAAUCACAAUGGAAACUCAUAUAACAGUAAGCAAUAGGGUCAUUAUUUGGCAUCCGAAUUUGAUUUUUCAUAUUUUUUAUUAAUAAGUCAAACCCAUAUUUUCAUUUUACAUGUGGCAUUUAAACCACUACUGUGAAAUGUACUUCUUUUUGCAGGCUUCUUUUUAAAAUAUAUCCUUAAUCCUCUUAACGUGUGGUUUUGUAGACUUCUUUUGUCGGCGAACCUUGGAACAGAUUCUCCUUGGUUCUCGCUUAAAGGAUUUGACACAGUGCAGACAGUUUGCUGCUCCUCCCCCCCCCCCCCCAAACCCAACCCAACCCAUCCCAUCCCAUCCCUUCCAUCUAGCUGCCUCCAGGCUCACCUGUCUCUCUGUCGCUCCUUUUACGCGUCUUUCUACCAUGAAGGUAGCAUUCAGUGUUAACAUAUUAAAAAGAAAUAAACAUUUCGGUUUACUUAUAAAUCGGUGCUUACUGAAAACCGGAUGAGUGGAAUAGCUCGUAUGGAUAUAAUCAGAGACCACUGUUUUGUGUAAUUAAUAUACAUAAUUUCAUUGAAUCGUUUGCUUCCUUAGUUAUCUCAACCCAAGUGCAUUCAGUGUUGCCGAGAACGUUUAAAUUGCGUAUCAUUUCCCAACGUUUUGACCUUUGUGGUCCCGCCCACCCAUGAUUGUACCGUAUGUCGUGUAAAAUGUGCCCCCUACUUUGGUUUAAAUGGAAAACAAGGUGGAGAAAAAAGAAGAGCAGACACCGAUCUCAUCUCUCGAGUGGUAUAUACACCGGCCCGAGGCCCAAGGUGACCUACCCAUCAUUUCUCUCCUGCUGUUUCAGAGGCGAAGUACUCCCAGCACAUUCAAGGCAAAACGUGCGGCUCCCUUCGCUGUGUCCGAAGGCCGCCACGCAUCAAGCGGCAGACUGUGCUCAUUUCAGGCACAGUGGGACUCUGCGGCUUCAACCUAAAUGGGGAAGAAAAGGGUGUUAUCCUUUUGUCACACAGCACAACUGCCUUGGCGUUAUAUAUUUUUUUGUAUUUUAUUUUUUUUAAGCAUAGCGACAUAUAACCUGGGGAAAAUAUAAUGCAUCAACUCUACCAAAGAUAUAAAUGCAUUUCAGAAAGGAAAACAAAGCUUUGUUUGGUCAUUUUUUUAUAUUUCUGUUUAGUCGAAGUUGUGAUUAGAAUUAAACGAUUAAAUGUGUGCUUGACAUUCAUUACUGGCAGAGGUUUGACAUUAUCGGUAUACUUAUACAGACUAUAUUUACUAAUUAAAUUGUACUUCAUUACGAAUUUUUAUUUAACUCAAUUAAUUUGCCACAGAAAUAUGUGGGAAUAGUUUACUCUUUUAAAGGUGUUUUUUCAGAGCCGUGGGUGCUUUUCUUAAUUUAACUGGAAAUAGAUUUAAAAAAAAAAUGUGAUGUUUUGAGGUGGAAUGUCAAGUCCGCCCUUCAUCGGUGUCAUGCUGUGGCUGAUCUUUAAUCAAGUUACUGUUCUUUUUAUUAUUUGUGUUUCUUCAUACGGAUGUGGCUGAAAAUUGAGUUGUUCAGUAUUACCCGGUGAAAUGUUACGUUUUCUUUAUUUUUUUUGUCUCCUUUAUAUCUCCUUACAAGGAGGCUGUUUAACGAAGUCGCAGCUCCAACAUUUGGGGAAAGACGCGACUUUCGAUCAUUCGUCACCCUAAGCACUACUGAGUUACAGGCCGCCGAUUUGGAUUUUUUUGUAUUUUUUUUUGCUUACCAUCCCAAUCAUUCCUUUUUGUUACAUGCGCUAUGAAACAAACACUAGUGUCUCAUAAAAUUUAAAAUGUACAUAUUUUGUUUUUCCAUUAACCAUCUUCUGGAAACUUUUUAUCUAUGGUAUAUAAUCAUAGAAUUUUAUAUUUUCUUAUGAAGCUAUUUUUUCCCUAGUUUCUGCUCCGUCAUUGUUCUGUGGUGAAUAUUUGGGGAAAAGUCUCUCUCUGUGCAUUGAGGUAGUGAUUGUCAUCACAUACCAAAAAUAUCCAUAAACAUCCAUACCUAUACAUCUCCCUUUCUGGCAGUGAUUGUGGUACUUUUUAUUUCAUUUUCUUUUUCAGUUAUUAUUAUUAUUAUUAUUAUUAUUAUUAUUAUUAUUAUGUUGUCAGUUUGUGCAAUAGAAUAGAUCUAGUGAGUCACUGAAUAAGUUUGUCUCAUUGGCCCAUUUGGAAAAGGUGGGUGUUUCUCUUCUUUUGUAACCAGAAAAAAAUGUUUUGUUGAAAGCUAUAUAAAAUCAUUCUAUUAUAGUGUUAUUUAAUAUGUAAAUUGUAUUGCUAUACAUAAAAUAAAAUAUGGGUUUUGAUGUACUUUA